AUGCAGGUCAAACUCUCCUUCGAGGAUGUUCCCACAAUGGUACUCUGCAAACCAAAACUACUGCCACUUAAAUCAGUAACACUCGAAAAGAUGGAGAAAAUGCAAAGGGAAGCAGAGGCAACCAUACGGCAACAGGAAUUGGCACAAAGAGAACAACAGUAAGAUCACUUUACACAUAGCACUGGAUUGUAUCUGUAAAACCAACCUCAAGACAUUCCAAAUAAAGCUGCAGCAAUAUUGUAAUGUUUCUUAAAAUCAAA